AUGAAUGCCAUAACCAACCUCGCAAGCCGCUUGCGAGGUAGGCUACUUGCGAGGUUGUGCCAUAACAUGCGAGAUAAAAUGUGGGCUGGUACAUUGUUAUGGUAAUGUAAACAUUAAUCUGAUCAAAACCGGAAGAGUCCACUCGUUUUAAUUGCAUGGUUCGUUGGCUUCGUAUUGCAUGCAAAUCUACACACUUUUUACUGGCAAAUAUUUUUAUCAUUCAGAUGUUCAGAUAUAUGUCCUAUAUUUCAGAAACUAGUAACUUUCAAGAAAUUCAAAUACGGGCUUUGAUGGUUAAAACAGAUUCGAGGUAUUUUGCUUAAUAAUAUAAUUAAUAUGGUGUGAAUCGCAUGGUCGCGAUCUAAUUUACGUAUUUUACAUAUAUAUUAUUUCCCCAGACCCCAGCAUGUUUAUAAUACUUGCAUGUUUGUAUAGUUAACUCUUUAUUCUUUAUAAUGAUACUUGGGUACUCAACUAUUGAUAUUAUGGUAGAACUUUGGUUGGUAAGUGACAUUAUUUUCAACUUAUAUGUCGGUUUUCGUAAGCGGUUCCUUUAAUUAUUAUGUCGACAAAUGUCGUAGUGGUGUCUUCAAAUUUAUGUCAAGUCAGUUAUUCUGAGAGCUGUCUUUCCUUGUAGACUUGACCCCAUCGUAUUUGGUCCCACAAAUGGUGCUCAACAGAGGGUGUUCAUCUUACAUUGAGACACAUUGGUUCGUUUUAGAGUUGAGUAUCAUGUUUAUGUUAUCAAAUGAAUAAUUAGGUGACAUACCGUUGUACAAGAUCUUCAAAUAUAUUCAACGUAUAUUGUUCACAAUAUUGAGUAUGUUAAUAUUUUUCUAGUAUCAAUUAGCAAGACUUCAACUUGGUUCGUAUUUAAUACGUUAAGGUAUGUUGUAAUGGCUGGCUUUACGCAAAAUAUUUAAUAUAUUGGCUAGCUCUUCAAUCUUCGCAAAUAUGGCUAUUUUUUAUCCUCAAAUUUGCCAAUUAAUUGCACCACCAAACAAUCUGCAAUCUGUGGCAAAAGUUAGUAUGGACCCAGGCUAGUUUGCUUACAUAUAUAUUCCCCAGGCUCAGCUAAUUUUACCCUUUCACAUGUAUGUGAAGAGGCAGUCGAGUCUGUUCAGCAGAUAUGCAGUUUGUUUACAUUUUGAAGACACUAUAUUCAUAAAAUAUGAUGCACUUAGUUAAUAUCCAACAUUCUGGUUUGCUAUGCUUUUAAAUGAAUUUAAAAUACUCAUUAACCCAUUAAGCUGCAGAGCUUCCCCCAUUGACGAGUAAAAUCGUUUGGCGUUAGACGAGUAAAAAAAAUAAAUAGGGCGCAUGCAUAGGGGCGCAUUGCGGCUCAAUGGGUUAACUAUGAGGGUAAAAUGUUGAGAGUCAAAAAAAUCACAAAAAAAUGCUACAAUGGACCUUUAACCUUAUAACUAAAAUUUUGAUCUAGACAAAAAUUUCAUCACAGCUUGAAAGAGCAUCACAAAAUUAGUAAUAUUCCGAAGUUUUGUUACAAAAUGUUGUAAAAUGCGGAUAAUAUAGCCCUGCAAAGUUUGCAAUUUUCAGUCAUUUUAGAUUACAAACAAGAAAUUGAUCCCCAAACACCCUAAUUUCCUGUUUGUAAUCUAAAAUGACUGAAAAUUGCAAACUUCUCAGGGCUAUAUUAUCCGCAUUUUACAACAUCUUGCAACGAAACUUCGAAAUAUUACUAAUUUUGUGAUGCUCUUUCAAGCUGUGAUGAAAUUUUUGUCUAGACUUGUCUAGAUCAAAAUUUUAGUUAUAAGGUUAAAGCUCCAUUAAAGGUCAGAUAACUGCUUUGGACAAAGCAAUAGUGAAAAUGACUUAACCUUUGUGGCAUUUUGUUAUAUUAGCACUUUUCAUUAAACCACCUAAUCAAACGUAUAUGCUUUUCAUGCACAUACAAAUUUUAGUUCAAAUUAUUGAUGUAUAUUUCUUGUUCUUGUAAAUACACAGGCAAUUUUUCAACACAUGAAAAUACAAAAGUAUAUUUUUAUAUUUUUAAUCUUUCUGAAUUCAGUGUUUAAUUAAUAAAAUGCCAUCUUGAGGAUUGGUGGGGGGUCAAGGAACCAAUUUUUUAAGUUCCGGUCGGAACUAGAAAAAGUUCCGGCCAGAACUGGAACUGAUUUAUUAAGCUAUAUAUAGUCAUAUGUUACUUUGUCUGCUGCCAGACAGGCAAAUGUUAGAAUAAAAAGAUCGACAAAUGUAGUGCUAAUAGUGUACAUUUUUUUUGUGUAGUCCAAAUUUCUUGCUACUGUGAACUUUUGUUAAAUUAAACACAAAAACAUUUGAUAUUCUAUCUCUCUGAAAACGACAGAGUUCCGGUUCCAGCCUGAUUUAUGCAUGUAUGCUACAUGCUUGCCUGCAUGCAAUUACUGUUCAUGCAAAUACUGUUCUGCAUGUAUGCUUCAUGCAUGAAGCAUGCAUGAAGCAUGCAUACAAUUUUUGUAAGGGCAGGCUUUCUUUAUUAGUUCCGGCCAGAGCUGGAACUCUGAAAAAUCGGUGUUCCAAAUGGAACUAACUGGCCAGAACCAAGUUCUGGUGCACCCCUACCUUCAACAAUUAGUUAUAUUGAGUGAGUAAUUGCCCCAAAUCCUGAUAGUUCCUCAUAUCUCUUAGGAUGGUAUAUACAUACUCUGUUUUUCAGAAUGUCAAGCAAUACAAGGAAACGCAAGUACAUGUACUUCCCAAGACGGCAGAAAAGCCUUGAUUAUGGUUUAACCGAUGAAACCGAUGGUGUGAAUGGCAAACGCCUGAUGCUACAUCGCCUUAAAUCCAUCGAUGAAAAGGAUUCAACAGAUGUAGCGGAUUCUGGCUUAGAUAGCAAGUAUGGAGUUCAAGGUAGCCUCAGCGACCAAAUCAAGCUAGCCGCCAUUUAUGAUAAUGAACCCGAAAUUAUUAGAAUUCUCAGUUCAGAAACGAAUAUGGACGAUGGUAAGUUAACUCCCCCAGGAGAUAUGUUUUCACGUCAGUUUGUGUUGGUUUUAUGGUGCGUUUGCCCAGGCCUUAAAAUAUCGGUUGGUCACAGACAUUGUCUGCUCGACCCAUUCGUGAAAUUGUCUGACGUACACAGGAAACCACCGGACAUUCUGUCCGACCUAAGUGAAACUGAGGUUUAUUGUUUGUCCGACCUGAGUGUAGUGGUGUCCGACCGAACUGUUGCUUUGUCCAACAUAAAUCAAAAUGUUGCCGGCGGUGAGCGAAAUGGUGAAGUGGAAAACAAACUUAAGUGUCGACAUCUUACUGUUGUUAUUGGCAUGCAAGUUAAUUUUGGCUUGGAAAUAAGUAUGAAUAACACAAAUUAUUUAAUAUCUUCACAACAUUUACUGUUAAGAAUUAAUACAUUAUGCUGAUAUUUGUGUCAUUCAGACUUAUUUCCGAGCUAAACUAAACUGAUGGUCAUCGGACAUCAUCAUACAUAUGUCCGACCCAAACUCAAAGUCAUUGGACAUUUUGUCAGACGGCCCUGUAAAAUAUAUUGUAAGGCCCGGUGUUUGUCUGUCCCUCCUCUCUACUGAGCCCCCUCUCUAUUAAGCCCCCCUCUUUAUUAAGCUCCCUUAUCUAUUAAUUAAGCCCCCCUCUCUAUUAAGCUCUCCUUAUAUUAAAUCCUCUCUCUAUUAAGCCCUGGCAUUAGACAGAGUAGAAGAUAUACUUGGGCACAUCAAGGUGCUCUGUCCUUAAAGGGUUAAGCUCCCUCUCUAUUAAACUCCCCUCUCUAUUACACUCCACUCUCUAUUAAGCUCCCCUCUUAAUUAAGCUUCCCUCUCUAUUAAGCUCCACUCUCUAUUAAGCUCCACUCUCUAUUAAGCUCCACUCUCUAUUAAGCUCCACGCUCUAUUAAGCUCCCCUCUCUAUUAAGCUUCCCUCUCUAUUACACUCCACUUUUAAUUAAGCUCCCCUCUCUAUUAAACUCCACUUUCUAUUAAACUCCACUCUCUAUUAAACUCCACUCCCUAUUAAGCUCCACUCUCUAUUAAGCUCCCCUCUCUAUUAAGCUCCACUCUCUAUUAAGCUCCACUCUCUAUUAAGCUCCACUCUCUAUUAUGCUCCACUCUCUAUUAUGCUCCCCUCUCUAUUAAGCUCCACUCUCUAUUAAGCUCCACUCUCUAUUAAGCUCCACUCUCUAUUAAGCUCCACUCUCUAUUAAGCUUCCCUCUAUUAAGCUCCACUCUUAAUUAAGCUCCCCUCUCUAUUAAGCUCCACUCUCUAUUAAACUCCACUCUCUAUUAAGCUCCACUCUCUAUUAAGCUCCACUCUCUAUUAAGCUCCAUUCUCUAUUAAGCUCCACUCUCUAUUAAGCUCCACUCUCUAUUAAGCUCCACUCUCUAUUAAGCUCCACUCUCUAUUAAGCUCCACUCUCUAUUAAACUCCACUCUCUAUUAAGCUCCACUCUCUAUUAAGCUCCACUCUCUAUUAAGCUCCACUCUCUAUUAAGCUCCCCUCUCCAUUAAGCUCCCCUCUCCAUUAAGCUCCCCUCUCCAUUAAGUUCCCCUCUCCAUUAAGCUCUACUCUCUAUUAAGCUCCACUCUCUAUUAAGCUCCACUCUCUAUUAAGCUCCACUCUCUAUUAAGCUCCACUCUCUAUUAAGCUCCCCUCUCCAUUAUGCUCCCCUCUCCAUUAAGCUCCACUCUCUAUUAAGCUCCACUCUCUAUUAAGCUCCACUCUCUAUUAAGCUCCACUCUCUAUUAAGCUCCACUCUCUAUUAAGCUCCACUCUAUUAAGCUCCACUCUUUAUUAAGCUCCCCUCUCCAUUAAGCUCCCCUCUCCAUUAAGCUCCCCUCUCUAUUAAGCUCCACUCUCUAUUAAGCUCCCUCUCAAUUAAGCUCCCCUCUUUAUUAAGCUCCCCCCUGUAUUAAUCGACACCCGCUAACGUACCCUGAAGUCUAAAAUAUGUUUAUAGUUCAAAGAAUAUUAGCGAAGAAUGAUGAGCGAGGACAACCUUGCAUAUUCUAUGCUCUGGAAUCACGGAGUCAUAAAGCUCUGGUGUGCUUACUAAAUCAUGUCAGGAAUACAGAAUGCGUUAUCGCUGGUAAUGGAGAGAGUGUGCUUCAUGUGGCUACGAAAAUGGGAGAUAUAGGUAUGGAGCUAUCUUAGGUUACACCUAAACAGUCUGGGAUUUUAGUUUUUCUCUAGUUUAUCUUGGCAGCUUAUAACAUGGAGGUUCAGCGUAGGCAGUAUUCUACAAUACGCUGCUAUGUUUGCGUCUGGACUAUCUGAACAAGAUAUCUCAAACGUCGUGGUCCAGUGUACUGUAGGUAGUAUUAUACAAUAAGCUGCCAUGUUUUGUGUCUGAACUACGUAAAAAAGAUAACUGAAACGUGGUGGUCCAGUGUAGGUUGUAUUACACACAGGCCUCGAAUUUCCCUGAAAUCAAUCGACGGCAAUGACGUUAAAAAUUGCCGUAGAACGUAAAAGCUGUCUACGGCAAAUUUUGGCAGUUUCCACGGCAUUUUUUCAAAUUAACUAAAAAUUUAAGUUUGUUACUUUGGAUUGUUGACAAGCUUGAAACAUGUUUAUGUAUUUCUCUAAGUGUUUUUUUUAGAAGACUAAAAUAGUAAUUUACGCAUAAUUUGACCAACAUCUGAAUUCAAGUAUCAAAAUACUAAUGCACAGUGAAUAGUAUAAAAAUUACACUAUACGGCAAAAAUUGCCGUCGUUGCCGCAAUAAUCCACGGCAUUUUGUUCUCCCUGUACGGCAAUUGCCGCGAUAAAAUUCAAGCCUUGAUUACACAUGAAGCAUUUAAGCUGUCGUGGUUUAUGUCUGAACUACCUGCCAAAAAGAUAUCUCAAACGUGGUGGUCCAGUGUGGGUCGUAUUCUACAAUAAGCUGUCGUGGUUUGUGUCUGAACUACCUGGUCGUAUUACAUAUAUACCGACUUAAUAAAUUACGGUUUUGAACACAUUGGGCUUGAAAAGGUCAUACAGGGUAUAUCGUACCAGCAAAAAGUAAGUACGCGGAUAUCUGAGAAGAAGAAGUAGCAGACGGUAAUAUUGGCGUACCUACGUCAGUACGUGAAUUAUCGCACCUUGCUCCUCCCCCCCCCCCCCCCCCCCCCACCCCGUUGAUGGACUUCCAAAUAUGCCUUACUGUAUAUAUUUCUUACUUCAUGUUAUUCUUCACCAGAUAUUUUACGACGAUUGUUAGAGCAUGAUUUUGUUGUGGACUUGGUGGACCACGUUGAGCGGGAAAAUGGUCGAGCCCCUUUGCAUUUGGCUGCAAAAUUUAACCACGUUGAGAUCGCAACAGAACUGCUACAGCAUGGGGCGAAGUUGGACCGAGAGGAUAUCACUGGAAAGUCGCCACUAUACAUGGCAGCCUCUGGUGGACAUGCAGAUAUGUUGAAAGUGUUCUUAGAACAUGGUAGGUUUCCAUUUUCUGUACUGGUUUAUUUUGAUUCUUAUUACGUUUAUUAA